AAAAGUUUGAAGUUCGAGAAUGUAAACGAUAAAGAAAAUGUCAAAAUCAAAAAAAUAAUAAAUACCUUUGAGAAACUAAACAAAUGAAUACAAUUUGUUUUUUAAAUUAUUUAAUUGCUAUUCAUUAAAGUAUUUCAUGUUUUGAAACGUCUAAAUGUCGUGAAAAUAAAGCUUUCAAGUAAUUGUACAAAUUGAGUUGAAAAAACCAACAAAAUAAUUGAGAAAAAGGAAUUUAAUUUAAUGUUAUUUGGACCACCUUCCAAAGAAAAUGACUCUUUAGAUUCUCCAAGUCGUUCCCAGGAUAAACAUUAAAGGAAUACAAAUAUCAACUUCAGAUUAACUGAAACAAGGAAACCAAACUUCGAAUAAUUGAAAAAUCAAUUUUGGUUUAAAGAAAAGCAUUGACACAAACGCAAAGAUGAUAUAGCCCUCCAAAGAAAUCAACAUAACAACAAGCUUCAAGCUUUGCCUUACAAUAAAAGUUUAAGGAAUACAAAUGUUAAUCGGUAUUUAAAAAAUUAAAACAAAAUAAAAAUAAACGAUUGGGCAAUGUCUAAACGACAAACACAAUCUGUUUCACCAUUGGCAAGGAAGCGAGAUCGUUUGACAGUAGUACAGCCAGAACUAAUCCCUGGCGAAAUGGAAGCAUCAGAGGGUCAGAUUCAGAUUUCCCAAAACACUCCAAAUGCACAAACAGCCGACAGUGAAAAUCAGUCAAUAAUAAGUUUACUCAAAAUUGUGAUAGAAAACCAACAAAAGCAAUCUGCGCCACUUACACCUUUUCCCUGUAAUCAAUUCCAUACUUUGGGACCUCAUUGUCAUUGUCAAGUGUUUCCAAAUAACUGUCCAAACCAAAUUGCAAACUCUGCAAAUACACCUGCCAUCAAUGAGGAAUCCUCAAUCAAGAGUUUACUCUUCACCAUGCUGAAAAAUCAGAUUCAACCAAAUUACGGACAACUUGGGUUCUUAAGACAACCCUCAUCGAUGCAGGCUUGUCAAGUCCAUGCAUCCUUUUGCCAACAUCAACAAAAUCAGUCGUCUUUAACACAAGCUCAGAGUUCAGUACCUGCAACAUCAACUACAGCAGCAACAACAUCAACUAUCAAAAAAGAAGAGCUUGACGAGCCAUCAAACAACAGCCUAAUAAUGACCAUACUCAAAAACCAAACCAAAAUGAAUGCCCAAUUAGAAAAACUCAUAGAAACGCAGGAGUUAAUCGUCAAAAAGCUGGAAUCCCAACCCGUAACCACCCUUUUUCCAAUUCCAAAUAGAAUAAACUUCAAGAAAAUCGAUUCCGUUAAAGAUUGUCAUGAGUUUGAAGAGAACUUAAAAAACGCUGAAUUCGCACAAAAUAUGCUAAAACACUUUGAAUCGAUUUGUGGUGGAAGUAGUGAUUUAUAUGGUGACAAUGUUGCCUAUGCAUUAAUUGAUCACGUCUUCACGCGUCGUCUGUUUACCUUGGUUACCUGGACUGGACUUUCGCGAGGAACGGAAUCCAAAGAAUGUUUCCUUAAAUUCGAGCGUGUUUUCCAAUUUUUCUUCGAUUUAAUUCGACGAGUUGAUAAGGACUAUAGUAUUAAAUCGUUGAAGGACUUUUUUCAAAAAAUAAUUUCCAACUCAAAACGACGAUUCGAACACAAACGGAGACGUAUUUCACGUGUCAAAUUGAGUUCUGGUUUGAUAGUCAAACGGAAGAAAAGACCAAUUAUGCCGCAUAAAGAAACAAUCAGUAAUUAUGUCGAUGGGGAGCAGGAGAUCAUAAGCGAUGAAAUCACGGAUAAUGAUGACGAUUUUAAGGAUAAUUUCAGCACUUAUUCUAAUGAGUGUAAUACCGAUGAAGUGGCAACAUACCCAGAAAUCUGUAUUAAGACUGAGGAUGUAGAAGAUUAACAAAAUAAGUGCAAGAGACAAGAACCAAUUAAUAUAUUUAUGUUAUGUUAUUUUUAUUAUUUAUUUUUUAAAUUGUGAAUAAAUAAAUGUCCAAUAUUUA